AUGGCUGGCUUUUUCCGCUCAGACAAGUCGACGAGCGGCGAUUUGCGCAGCAUUUAUGGUGGUGGUGCUGGUGUUGGUGAUAGUGUUAGAAAUCGUCCGACGCCGUCGUACUCGACGCCGCUAGCGAGUCAAGCACGUGUUCCCGUGCCCUCGCUGGGAGCGACGGCCGGUGGCGGCGCUAGUGUCAGUGCGCCUCGCGCGCCACCUGUACCACAGCGCGCUACGCCCGCGAUGCAUUCCGCUGAGCUGCGUCAGCCACACAUGUUCCGUAUUGUCAAAUCACCCCCUACAUUAAACACGACGAACUGUGUCAUUCUGAACCCACAGGAAUGGGGCAGCACACGCUACGUGCUGCUGUCGGGCCGCUUCGCCUUUACGGCUAUCCCUGAUAAUACCAACACCAUUGCCCCAGGCACCAUUGGAACGGCUCUGCUGCAGCGGCAAUGGGCGCGCCUGAGUGCAGAAGGCCAUGAUGUGGUGGUCGAGGCUUUUGAGCCGUCGGUGUUGGGCAAGGGCGUGUACUUGGGCAGUCUCGAUAUUGAGCUGGACUUUUUGAGUCGGAGCCAGAUGCCCAUGGCACCAUUUAGUGCUGAUGAGAUGCAGGCGAUCUUUGUGCGUGUGUUUGAGGCGCACGUCCUGUCGACCGAUCAAAUGCUCGUAUUUGAGUUCCACGGCCAGAACCUGAAAGCCACGGUGCGAGGCGUAUACUCGGUGGACACGAGUGCCCCGCAUCACAUGGGUGUGGUGAUUCCACAGACGCAAGUCAACUUUUUUGUUGCGAAUGGCAGUGCGUUGGAGAUCAAAGCGAGUGGAAAGCGAGCGCGUCCGAAUGCGAUUUUGCAGCCCAACUUCAAGUUUGAGGACAUGGGUAUCGGUGGUCUCGACACUGAGUUUAGCGCCAUUUUCCGACGUGCGUUUGCGUCGCGCAUUUUCCCACCUGAUCUGGUCGAUAAGCUGGGUAUCCAACACGUCAAGGGUAUUGUGUUGUACGGCCCGCCAGGUACAGGUAAGACGCUCAUGGCGCGGCAAAUUGGUAAGAUGCUGAAUGCACGCGAGCCAAAGGUUGUGAACGGCCCUGAGGUGCUGAGCAAGUAUGUGGGUGCGAGUGAGGAAAACAUCCGCAAGCUCUUUGCCGAGGCCGAGGCGGAGUUUAAGAGCAAGGGAGAUGAAUCGAGUCUUCACAUUAUCAUCUUUGAUGAGUUGGAUGCCAUUUGCCGUCAGCGUGGAUCGACGGGAGGCGGCACGGGUGUGGGCGACACGGUGGUGAACCAGCUGCUGUCAAAGAUGGACGGUGUCGACCAGCUGAACAAUAUACUGAUUAUUGGUAUGACGAAUCGUCUUGAUAUGCUGGAUGAGGCGCUGCUGCGUCCGGGCCGUCUAGAAGUGCACAUGGAGAUCAGUUUGCCUGACGAGCAUGGCCGUCUGCAGAUUAUCAAUAUCCAAACGUCUAAGAUGCGCUCUAACGGCGUGAUGGACGACGACGUCCAGCUGUCAGAACUUGCGGCGCUCACGAAAAAUUUUUCGGGUGCCGAAAUUGCCGGUCUCGUCAAAAGUGCCACGUCGUUUGCAUUCAAUCGGCACGUCAAGGUCGGCACCAUGGCAGGCAUCUCCGACGACGUUGCCAACAUGCGAGUGAACCGCGAAGACUUUCUGUGUGCAUUGGAGGAAGUCAAGCCGGCGUUUGGCGUCGCGGAAGAGGAGCUGCAGCAGGUCGUGCGCAAUGGCAUAAUGCACUUUGCGCCGCACAUUGACGCCAUCCUGCGUGAUGGCCGUCUGCGUGUCGAGCAGGUUCGGACGAGUGAGCGCACGUCGUUGGUCACGGCACUGCUCCACGGCCCGGCCGGUUCGGGAAAGACGGCGCUAGCGGCGACGAUUGCGAUGCAGUCCGAGUUCCCCUUUAUCAAGCUCAUUGCGCCCGAGACCAUGGUGGGCAUGAACGAGCAUGCCAAGAUUGCGUACCUGAACAAGGUCUUCAAUGAUUCGUACAGGAGCCCAUUGAGCAUUAUUGUGGUGGACAGCAUUGAAAAAAUCAUUGAGUGGGUCCCGAUUGGACCACGCUUCUCGAACCCUGUGCUGCAGGCACUCUCUGUGCUGCUGGGCAAGCAGCCGCCAAAGGACCGCCGUUUGUUGGUGCUCGCCACGACGUCCAACAAAGCCAUGCUCAACGACAUGGACAUGGCCGACGCGUUCUUGGCCGAUAUCCGAGUGCCUGACAUUACAUCGCUACGCAGUGUCGACCAUGUGCUGCGCGAGACCCAGCUGUUUGCUACGCAGGAGGAACAUGCGCGGUGUCUGGAACUGCUCACCAAGGCGGGUCUUGGCACCCAGGGCCGCAUCCAGAUUGGCAUCAAGAAGCUCCUCUCAGAAAUUGAAAUGGCGCGCCUCGACGACGACCCUGCCGACAAGUUGACAGCCGCCCUCAACUUUAUGUAG